AUGUUGGGAAAAGAUGCUGCGGCAAUUGCCUCCAGGUCAAUGGAACCGAAUGGGGCGGCUGCUGACCCGGCAAGUUCUGUGGCAGCAGCUAAGCUGAACUUGACAGCAGGAAAUGCCAUCCAGACGGAUAAAGGGUUGUUUGCACAGCUUUCCGAUAACCCCUUUUUCACAGCUGGAUUUGGAUUAGCAGGUUUAGGAGCAGGCCUCACACUUGCGCAGCGUGGAAUCCGACAUGGGGCUAUACUUUUGCGCAGACGGAUGUUGGUUGACGUGGAGAUUAGCAUAAAGGACGACUCCUACCCGUGGUUUUUGAACUGGAUGACGCUCUAUCAACGCUCGCAGCUUACGAAUCAAGCUGCUCGAGGGCAGACGCAGACAUCCUUUAUGGACUCACUGCUGAACAAGCUUACACCCGGUAUGCGUCACCUGUCCAUACAAACCGAGAAGAUCGAACACGCAAACGGGGCGAUGCACACGCACUUCGCCCUCAUACCGGGACCGGGAAAACAUAUUCUCAGAUACAAGAACGCAUUCAUCUUCGUAAAUCGCGUCCGAGAAGCCAAGUCACGGGACCUGCAGACUGGGCGCCCAUGGGAGACUGUGACACUUACCACGCUAUACUCGCAACGGCAUAUCUUCGAAGACUUGUUCAAAGAAGCACACGAGUACGCGGUGAAGACGCAUGAAGGAAAGACUGUUAUCUACAAUUCCUGGGGAGCAGAGUGGCGCCAAUUUGGUCAGCCUCGGCGCAAGAGACCAUUGAGCUCGGUCAUCUUGGAUGCAGGAGUCAAGGAACGAAUCGUGGCCGACGUAAAGGACUUUUUCUCAAGUGGAGCAUGGUACCACGAUCGUGGUAUUCCUUACAGGCGAGGCUACCUGCUCCACGGCCCCCCGGGUACCGGCAAGAGCUCUUUCAUCCAAGCGCUGGCUGGAGAACUAGACUACGAUAUCGCAGUCCUCAAUCUUAGUGAGAGAGGCCUGACGGACGAUCGAUUGAAUCACCUGCUUACCAUCAUCCCGGCACGGACCCUGGUCCUACUUGAAGACGUGGAUGCGGCCUUUAGCUCACGGCGCGUACAGUCCGAUGAUGAUGGAUACCGGGGUGCGAAUGUCACCUUCUCCGGUUUACUCAAUGCGCUCGACGGGGUUGCUAGUGCCGAGGAACGAAUUAUUUUCCUCACCACUAACCACGUCGACAGGCUGGAUGAAGCUCUAGUGCGGCCCGGCCGAGUGGACAUGACCGUUCGUCUUGGCGAAGCCACCAGAUACCAAGUGUCUCAGCUCUGGGAUAGAUUCUACGGCGAGCUCGACGAGUCAAGCGCGUAUAAGAAGGCGUUCCUUGACCGGCUCACGGCGCUUGGUAUUAUUGAGGACGAAGAUGGCCAGAAGCGAGACCGGGCUAUGGGAACUAGCGCCGCCGCUCUCCAAGGCCUGUUCCUAUAUAACAAGGGAAACAUGGAUGGCGCUAUCUCGAUGAUAGAGGGCCUGGUCAACCGUGACGCUGCAUAG